AUGAAGGAAGAAAUAGAACCCUCCAGAGAAACCCCCGACGGCUCGACCGCCGGUGACGAGUCGAAGGCCAGUCUUGCUGCAAAGGAUCGCAAAUGCCAGUCGACACCUCGACCAAUUCCUUUUAAGAAGAAACCUGACGGAAUCCACGACGUCGAAGAGAUCAGACGAAUUCGCAGCGGAAUCACCCGGCGCCAGGCACGAACAUCAACAGGGAGGAACGAGGGCAGCCCUGAACGAAGCCAGAAAAAGGGAACCUCAGAGCCAUUUACAGCCGGGGACUCGGGAUCGAAGUCGCGCGAAGCUCCGGUGCGCAUGAUGUUCAACACACCUACCUGGCAUGCGACGGGGGUGAUCAACGAUAUCCCCAACCCUAGUCGCGUACCGGAUGGGCCUCGAAUUACGCCAUCGCAGUCUCACACAGGGUCGUUACAGCUUCCGGACUAUGCGAGUAGAGGUGCUAGCUCCAGCAACCCGGAUACGAUGCGGGCGCUGGAGCUCGCACUGCGCGAGGUGCUUGAUAAUAUCAAAGCUGCGACCUCUCGUAUCCGGCCCCGGCUAUCUCCGUUCGACUUCGACAUUCAAGCUCAGACUUUUCCCUCCAUGUGUCUCCAGCUGCUCCCUCCCCCACCAAGCCUGUUUGCGACGCAUCCGUUUUCCUCCUCUACCUCGUUUCCCCUUCAGCCCCCCGGAGCCGAGCACCUCGAUAUAAUCCGCCAAGCCCUUCGUUCCAAGGUUGCACAAUGGCAGAUCGACCAACUCGCAGCAGACUCCUCCACUUCUGCGCCUUACACAAGACAUGGGAAUAGCGGGGUGGAUCCGAACAUGAUAUACCGGAGUGCACAACAGCACGAGGAUAUCAGUUUCCGACACUUAGAAUUGGCCUUCAAUCAUUGGAGUUCCCUGUCCCACGAGACCCGGCGCGAUGCGUGGCAAUUGGAGAUCACGCGUGCAUUUGCACGGGAGGCAGAGAAGCGCAAGUCCUCGGACGAGCAACUCGCUCGAGUGCAACAGGAAGCAAAUCAGCUGCGUGCGCAGGUCGAGCGCCUCGGAUCAUGCCAGUGGCCUCCACGGGAAUUAGACGCAAAAGAGAGCCACAUCAGUCCCGAUUCGACACGAUGGGACUACGACAGCGUGGUUGCCAAAUGGAGACGUGUUGUUAUGCACGAUAAGGGCAUGGGCCGGAUUGGGGUUGGUUACGGAAACCCUAGUCAGCUAGGGGAGCCAGACCAAAGUCAGUCUCAGAAAAGCCCUGAUGUCCGGCCUCCACGCCCAGGCGAGGACACCACCUCUCAUCCGAAUCGCUUGCGCCCCUUGCAAUCUGCCACAGCUGUGAGCCCAGACGUCGCGGGUGCCUCCACCCCUGCUUCAUCUACCCACUACGCUUCACCCCACUCUUUUACAGAUCCUCGCAGCCCGUCUAACGGCGCUCUACCUAGCGGCAUGCCCCAGGUAGGUGGGCUGCCUGCGGCGAAGCGACAGCGCCUCAUGAAUGGCUCGGAAGACCCGUCUGGUCCUUCGUCCGAGUCUGGUCAUGCUCCGCCUUCUGCAGGUGGUAAAACUUGGGGAUCUUCCACGCCUCAUUUAUCCAAUCUUGCUGCACCCUCUGGACAGACGCCUCCGUCAUCGUCAUCCAGGAACUGA